AUUCUCUCCAAAACUUCUUCUCUUCCCCACUUCCACAAUUCCCUUAUUUGGGUGUGUCGUCCACGAACAACAUGAGUUUGUCGGAGAGGCAAAAAGAAGAAAUCAAUCGGGCGAUCGCCGAAUAUAUGCAAAACAAUGGGUACAGCGAGUCGUUUAGUGUAUUUUUGAAGGAAUCCAGCUUGAGCGAAAAUGAUAUCAAGCCACUAGGAGGUAUUCUAGAGAAGAAAUGGACAACUGUUCUUCGACUUCAACGGAAAGUCAACGAUUUGGAGUCAAAACUUCAGGAAUCACAACGGGAAAUCAAUCAUGGUGCACCGACGAGAGACAAGCGUCAAGCCGCAGACUGGAUCCCUCGCCCGCCAGAGACACAGAAACUGACCGGACAUCGUCUUCCAAUCACCAGAGUCAUUUUCCAUCCACUAUGGACCAUUAUGGCCAGCUGUUCAGAAGAUGCCACCAUUAAGGUCUGGGAUUACGAGACGGGUCAACUCGAGAGGACACUCAAAGGACACACUGACGCAGUCAAUGAUAUCGCGAUCGAUGCAGCUGGAAAACAAUUGGUUUCGUGCUCAUCGGAUCUAUCGAUAAAACUGUGGGAUUUUGGACAGACAUAUGACUGCCUAAAAUCAUUGAAAGGACACGAGCACACUGUCUCAUCGGUCACAUUCCUUCCAACUGGAGACUUUGUAUUGUCCGCCAGUAGAGAUCAUACAAUUAAGCAGUGGGAUAUCUCAACUGGCUAUUGCGUCUACACAUUCCGUGGCCAUAAUGACUGGGUCCGAAUGAUUCGAAUCUCGAACGACGGAACACUUUUCGCGUCGGCAAGUCUCGAUCAAACAGUCACCGUGUGGUCGUUUGCCACGAAAAGCGCAAAAUUGGUGCUCCGCGAUCACGAGCAUGCUGUGGAAUGCGUCGAAUGGGCUCCAGAUACGGCUUACACCAAUGUUACAGGACAACAACCCGAAGGAAAUUCUACACACAUUCUGUUCAGUGGAAGUCGUGAUAGAAGUAUCAAAGCAUGGAACAUCAACACUGGUGACGUCUUGUUCACAUUGUUGGCACACGAAAAUUGGGUUCGAGGAUUGGCAUUCCAUCCAAAGGGAAAGUACCUGAUAUCCGUAGCCGAUGACAAAACAUUACGAGUUUGGGAGCUGAGUGCUCAGAGAUGUAUGAAGGCAAUUGAAGCGCAUGAGCACUUUGUUUCAACAGUUGCAUUCCAUCAAACAUCUCCGUUCGUCAUCACAGGAAGUGUGGAUAUGUCGUGCAAAGUUUGGGAAUGCCGUUGACCGAAAUAUUCUCCAUAAUUCUUCGAAUUAUCUAAUUUUCCCUAUUGCUUUCAUUGCACUUUCUCCACUUUUCAUCAAAAAUUUCAACUUUUGAUUUAUAAUUUUCGGGUGGUUAUGGUCGAAAUUGAUCAGAAAUCAGAAAUCCACCGAAUUUUAAAAAUCAAUUUCGAUGAAUUUGCUCCUCGCGCCGGUAGAAACGUUUAAUUCUUUGUUUUCCCUCUUCUAUUUGUGUAUCGCCCUGGUGGUUGUGAAUCUUCCCUUUCAUUAUGUUAAGUUAAAAAUAUUUUUUCUCUUUUUUUCUCCCCCACCCCCCUCUUAAAUUAUCCGCCCUAUUAUCUUUUUUGUUUCUUUCCUUGAGCAAUUUUUCGCUUUUUUGUCUUGUUCUAUCAGCUCUCUUCUCAGUGCUGAGCAGCAUUUCCCCCCGAAAAAACUCAUUUUUUUUGUAGUUUAAAAUUUUUCGAACCAAAUGAAAUCCCUGUCCCGCUUGAUAGAUACCA